AUCAGGGCCCUGUUGCACCAGGUGCUGCCCGGAGACAGCCGCAGGCAGGUUCCAGUGUGCACGGGCAAGGGCUCUGAGGCUAAGGGGCAGUGCGGGGCAUCGCCCCCAAGCCAGCGGGGGGCUGGAGGCGCCAGGUUGGGGUUCUGGGCUGUGGCCCCCGCCCCUUGCGCGCUCUGCUCUGCUCUCCCAGCGCUGCCUCUCAACCCUCUCUGCAAACCCAUUUCCUGCCGCUUCCGUUCCUCUAGUGGCGCCCAAAGCCGGCCGCCCCGGGAAGGAUCCAGGCCUCCGCAGCUGUGUCUGCCGGCCUGGUGCUUCCCCUGCCCGUCAGGGCGCGGGGCCUGGCCGGGCUCUGGAAGGAAGCUGGCUGCCGCAGGGGGCGCCAUGUUCUGGAAGUUCGACCUGCACUCCAGCUCGCACAUCGAGACGCUGCUGGAACGCGCCGACCUGACGCUGCGGGAGCUGUUGGACGAGGACGAUGUGCUGCAGGAGUGCAAGGUGGUGAACCGCCGGCUGCUGGACUUCCUGGUGCAGCCGCAGCACAUGGAGGCGCUGGUGACCUGCGUGACCGAGGAGCCCCCCGCCGAGCUGGACGAGCAGCUGCGGUACAAGUACCCCAGUGUGUCGUGCGAGAUCCUGACAUCGGACGUGAGCCCCAUCACGGAUGCGCUGGGCGAGGAUGAGGGCCUGCUGCGGCGUCUCUACGGCUUCCUGCAGGGACACGGGGUCCUCAACCCGCUGCUGGCCAGCUUCUUCAGCAAGGUCAUGGGCAUCCUCAUCAACCGCAAGACAGACCAGAUUGUGGCCUUCCUGCGCAAGAAGGACGAUUUCGUCAGCCUGCUGCUGCGGCACAUCGGCACCUCGGCCAUCAUGGACCUGCUGCUGCGCCUCCUAACCUGCGUGGAGCAGCCAGCGCUCCGCCAGGACGUCUUCAACUGGCUGAACGAGGAGAAGAUCGUGCAGAGGUUGAUCGAGAUGAUUCACCCUUCGAAAGAUGACAAUCAACAUUCCAACGCCUCCCAGUCCCUGUGUGACAUCAUCCGCCUGAGCCGGGAGCAGAUGGUGCAGAUCCAGGACAGCCCCGAACCCGACCAGCUGCUGGCCACGCUGGAGAAGCAGGAGACGGUGGAGCAGCUGCUGGGGAACAUGCUGGCGGACGAGCGGGACGAGUCCGUCAUCGUCAGCGGGAUCCAGGUGCUGCUGACGCUGCUGGAGCCACGGCGAGCCAGGUCCGAGGCCGGGGGGAUGGGCAGCUUUUACUGCCCUCUGGAAGGGCAGCUGGAGCUGGGGCCUCUGGGCUCGGACGGUAGCGCCUGCCAGGCCAGCCCCAGCACCCUGCUGGCCCUCAGAGGUUACCUCCGGGACUUCCACCAGCUGCUGAUCGAACCCCCGAAGCGGCCGGCCCUGCAGAUGUCGUGGGGGCUGCUGGACCCGCCGCUGGGGAACACGCGGCUGCAGGUGGUGAAGCUUCUGGGCAGCGCGCUGGGGGCCGGGGACGCCGGGCUGCAGGAGGAGCUGCUGGCUUUGGGUGCCCUGGACACCAUGCUGGACCUGUAUUUCAAAUACACCUACAACAAUUUCCUGCAUGCCCAGCUGGAGGCGUGUCUGAGCACCCUGCUGCGGGCCGGCGCCCCCCCCGAGGACUCGCAGCCCCCGCCAGACAGCCCCGUCGUCAAGCAUCUGCUGCAGAAAUGCCACUUGGUGCAACGAAUCCUGUCGGCCUGGGAGGAGAACGAGCAGACCCAGGCAGCUGGCGGCCGGCGGAGGGGGUACAUGGGCCACCUGACGCGCAUCGCCAACGCCCUCGUCCAGAGCUCCGAGAAGGGUCCUCACGUCGCCCUCGUGGGGCAGCUGCUGAAAGAGCUGCCGGAGGAGGAGCAGGAGCGGUGGGAGAAGUUCGUCUCGGGGCCCCUGGCAGAGACCAACAAGAAAAACGUGGUGGAUCUGGUGAACAUGCACAAUCUGCACUCGUCCAGCGACGACGAGGAGAACGACCUGAAGGAGUUCAACUUCCCCCAGGAGGCCGUGCUGCAGCAGGCCUUCGUGGAUUACCAGAUGCAGCAGGUGACCUCGGCCUUCAUCGACCACUUCGGCUUCAACGACGAGGAAUUCGGGGAGCAGGAGGAGAGUGUCAACGCCCACUUCCGCCAGCUCAAGAGCGCCCCCUUCGACAGGACGGGCAGCCUGAGCUUCUCCCUGAGUGCCGAUGACGACAGUCCCAACUCCAACCUGUUCGAAGUCUGCUACAAGGAGCGGAUCCAGCAGUUCGACGACGAUGACUCGGACGGGGAGGACGCCUGGCAGGAGAAGGACCUGGGCUACUCCGGGGGGGGGGCGCAGCCCGCAGGGCCUAGGAGCUGCGGCAGCACAGACAGCGAGGGGAGCCGGGACUCGGAGGAGGAGGGCGAGGAGGAAGACGCUGGCGGGGGCGUGGAGGGUGGAGGUGGCGGCGGCGAGGCUGAGGGUGCCAGCCCUGACCCACUGCCUGCAGAGCCCCCCGCUCUGCCCCCCGACAGCGCCGGGGUGGACACCGGAGUGGCCGCGUGGGACAGGCCCGGCUUGGACGCCUCCCGCCCCCCCACGGAAGGGAGCUGGGCCCUGUUUACAGACACCCCCUCAGUGCAAACCAGCCUGUCAGAGGCCCCGUCAGGCUCUGCCCAGGGACCCCACCCUCAGGAACCGACACGUAGCAAUGUAUCUUCGGUGGGAGCAGCCCCCCCGGAGCCCCCCCGAGCGGGAUCGCCCUGCGAGAGCAGCGAGCCGGCGCUGAAUGGCCAAUCGGCUCGCCCGCCCGGCCCCGCCGCAGCCAGGCCAAACACGGAAGGGGCCCCCCUAUCUACCUCUGAUGUCAACCAGCGGCUUCCGGGGGCUGCAGACGCCCCGAAGGCAGAGAACGGCUCCCCCCAGAGGCAGCAGCAGCCGGCAGCCAGAUAAAGCUCACGGAGGGCGCCUGGGGAAGCUGCUGAUUGGGGGGGCUGGAGGGAGCCCCCCCUCCUGGAGCCCGGCCCGCCCAAGGAGAGCCCUUUCCCAUGGGGGGGGCAGCAUAGGACGGGGCGGCACAGUCCCCCCAUCACAGGAUGCUCAUGGCGAGAUGGCUGAGCCCCCCUCCCCCAGGGAGGCUGCUGUGAGCCCCCGGGACGGUCCCCCCCCCAUUUUUGCACUGAAAUCUGCAGCAGGGCGACAGAAUUAAAAGCGAAUCGUUCGGAGAAGUGACUCUGGAAAGCACUAACCCUGCCCCGCACUGGCCCCCACUUCUCAUGCCAGCCCCCCACUGGGCUUCCGGCCCCCCUCAGUUAGCCCCCCCAUUCUGCUCCGGGGGGGCUGCCCCUCUGCUUCCCGGCUCCCCCUCCCCCACAGGUUAGCCCCUCCACAGCCUGCCCUUGUCUUCCCCUUCUGCUCCCCUGGGGGGCCAGGCAUGGGAACAGGGGCCCUUCCCCACACAGAUUAGAUUUUAACCCCCAUCCCCACUUCCAGCAUAAGCACAACCCCAACCCAACCCCUGCCCCCCCUUUCUGUGUCUGGUCCAGGGCCUCAGCCAGGAGCGGGGUUCUGCCCCCCAGAGCCCAGCUCAGCUGGGGUGGGGGGGAAGAAAUGCUGGAGGGAGUGGGGAGGGCAGGGGGCGGAGGGUAGACAUG